UUCUGGAUUUCGGAAUGGUUUUGGGCAACAUCGGUCGCUUCGUUUCGUCUUGCGAUACUACUUCUGUACAUGGAGAUUUUCCGGACAACAAUCUGUCGCACGUCAAUGGCCACAGCAGUCCUCGUCUUUCUUUACUGGGUCGCUUGCAUCCUCACUACUUGUCUCCUAUGCCGACCUAUUGCGCACAAUGGGACCUUACCUUGAGUGGCAUGUGUGGCAUUAUCAUCACCAUUGGAAUAUUUUCUGGAGGGUUUAAAUGGUUGUAGAUAUAUGGGUCGUGUUCUUACCACCUCCCGUCAUUUGGAAGUUGAAAAUGACACCAAAAAAGAAAUGGGCCAUCACAGCUUCAUUUGCUGUAGGUCUUAGAACUGCGGGCGUAAACCUUGAUCGCUUGAUCCAGACUCUGAAGUGCCCAUCUCAUCAGGAUCUUUCGUAUUGUGCUAUGGACAGUUCAAUACUUGUGAUAGCUGAGAUAGCUGGGGGUAUUCUCGUCGCUUGCGUUCCAACAUUCAGACCCCUCUUCUUCUCAAACGACAACACCUCGAGGUGGGCGAACCGAGAUCAUCGAGC